CCAGGCCCGCUGGCCGCUGCGAGUGACCCCUCUGCGAUUUCCAUUUGCUUCCUCCGUCUUCUCCAUCCCCUCUCCCCCUACCUCCACCGUCCCUGAGCACUCCCAGUCCCAGGCCAUUAGCCUAGCUAGCUACCCCCUCCAUGCGAGGGCGGCAAUGGCGCCCGCCUCCUUCGCCGCCUCCCUCGCCGUCUCCCUCUCCGCCCCCGUCCGCCUAAUCCCGCCCAGAUGCUUCCGCGGGAGGCCGAGGCGAUCCCGCCCAAUCAGGGCUUCGAGCGACACGAAUGGCGCCCCGAACGGGGAGCGGAGGAUCGGGGCUCUGGAGAGGAGGGUGGGGGAUUUGAGGGCGCUUGUCGCCUCGGUGCCUCCUGCUGUUGUCUCGAUGAGGAAAACCAUUGGACUAAAUUCCAUUGCCGGUUUCGGUUUCGGCAUUGCAUUUUUGGCUGCUCUCGCAAGACAGGUCAUCAUAAGAACUCAACAGCAAGAUAGUAGUGGUUCUGUUUCUGAUCUAGUAAGGCGCGGGCAUCUAAAAUCUGGGCAACGUGGGAUUGCAAAACCACGUGUGUACAAUGAUCCUUUCAAUAAUUCGUUAGUCAAGAUCGAUGAAGGUACUUCUACUGCUCAGAUGUUUGGCAAGGAGUACCGCAUGGCUCCUGUCCGGCUUACAAAUGAACAACAGACAAUGCAUCAGAAAAGGAGAUCACAUGCAUAUCAGUGGAAAAGGCCCACUGUGUUUCUUAAAGAAGGUGAUCCCCUGCCACCAGAUGUCGAUCCAGAGACAGUUAGAUGGAUUCCAGUAAACCACCCAUUUGCUGCUGGUUCGGUUGAAGUAGAUGAGGAGACUGCCAAAAGGAAUGUUUAUCAAAAGGAUGGCGUCCCAUCCCGUGUUAAAGCUGAACAUGAAGCUUUGCGGGCAAGGCUAGAGGCUUCAAAUGAUGUAAAACCAUUCUCUAACGGUCCAAGGGGUAUGCAACAUAGUGCAAGAUCAUCGAAGUUAUCAGACGAGCCAUCUGGGAAUCUGCAACAGUCUAAACCUGACAUGGUGAAUGACCAAAAUGGCCAACCAAUGUUAGGGCAUGAGCCCGAGCCCGAGCCCGAGAGCUCUGACAAUGGUUCACUAUCAAAAAGCUUGGAAGGGCAGUAACAGUGUGAAUUGUAUAAACCCCUUGGCAUUUCGUUUUGUUAUGUAGUGUUGUCAGGUUUUAGCUGUAGAUAGAGGAGUUUUGGAACAAUAGACCUACGUACUGAACACAUGAUAUGGGGCACUGUUAUUGUUAUGUGCUGUUGCAUAUCUGAUAUUUUCUUUGCCCGAA